AUUAAUUUUUUUAAAAAUGCAUUUCAGAUUUUACUGCUCAUCAAGCUAGAUUUUUUAAACUUAAUGCGGCAACGUUGAUUGUUUGACAGUCAACAACAAAAUGGCGGAUCAUUCGAGCAAGUUGGAUAUCGUUCAAGCAACAGCAGCCUUAAAAUCCCUUCGAUCUCUGAGAAACAAUGUCGGGACAUUGUUUCACAGCCUCACUGAAGGUAUCGGACUUCAAUCGGGACAGGAUAGCAAGGAAUCCAGAUUUGUAGCCGAGUUACAACAACAAUUGGUCACAGUUCAAAGUGGUGUUAAGGAAUUCGAAGAAGCUAUAAACAAUGUUGAUUCUGUCCAAGUUAAUUUGGGAAACAGUGGCCACCUAAAUCAGGAUUGCACCCCUGAUGCCCUUAAUCUUUAUGAAUCCCUUGUCACGUCAUACAGAUGGACAGAUAAUCUUGUAGAGUAUUCCGGUUAUGCUACAACUCUUCUUAGUCAAAAUGCACUCAAGCGCUCUACACUGAUCCACGCAAAAAGAAGAAGAAUCCAACCAAGUAGCCAGAAUGUCCCACCACAUACUAUUGAUAAUGUCAUCAACUCAGUAUGCCGUUCACUGGGGGAUAAUGUGAAGAUUGAAACAUUCAGGCCUUAUGGAUCAAGUACAGUGUUGCAGAUAACUCUUGGGAAAAUCAUGAAAGGAAUUGUUGUUCUCAAGAGGCUGAUGGUAGAAUGGGUCGUAGUGAAAGGAGCUACAGAAGACUUGAUCGAAGACGGAAAAAUUGAUAUGUGGGGUGAAUCUCGUUACAAAGUCUUCAGAAAGGUCACUGAAAACGCCAACGCCGCUAUGCUCCACUUCUAUUCACCAGCCUACCCUGAAUUAGCCAUCAGAUCUUUUCUGACAUGGUUCAACAGUUAUCAGUCACUUUUCACAAGUCCUUGCAAGAAGUGCGGACAUCAUCUUCACAACCUUUUGCCGCCAACAUGGAGAGACUUAAGAACAUUGGAUCCUUACCAUGAAGACUGCAAACCAUGAAUAUUUCGAGAUAUAUGAGAGGAGCCAAACUUCGAUGCAAAUACAUGGAAAAAUUCAAUCAAA